AUGAGAGAAGACGAAUCAAAUUGGUUUUCCCGAUGGGAAGAACAACUACCUCCGCCUGAAGAACUGAUGCCGUUAUCACAAACCCUAAUCACUCCUGAUCUAGCUAUUGCUUUCGAUAUCAGAAACCCUCACACCACUAACACAAACACUAACAACGCUAAUCCGCAACACCAACAGUCUCAUCAAAAUCAACAUCAACAGCACCAACAUCAACCUUCUUCUCUUCCUUCCUCCACCGAGUUUGCCGAUUCCGGCGAACUCGGUUCCGGAACAGCCGGGGAAGAGCCGGCCAGAACACUCAAAAGACCGCGACUCGUUUGGACACCGCAACUCCAUAAACGUUUUGUUGACGCCGUGGCACACCUCGGAAUAAAAAACGCUGUUCCGAAGACGAUAAUGCAGCUUAUGAGUGUUGAUGGUUUAACCAGAGAAAACGUCGCCAGUCACUUGCAGAAAUAUCGCCUUUAUCUUAAACGCAUGCAGGGGAUUUCAUCUGCUGGUGGCGGUGGUUCCGGUGCGGGCUCUGUUGGUGUCAAUGACCCUGCCACGGAUCAUCUAUUUGCUAGCUCGCCUGUGCCGCCGCAUUUUCUUCACCCCGUUGCUCGCCCGAAUUCCGAUCAUUUUAUGCCUUUUGUUCCUGUACCUGCCAUUCACCAUCAGCAACAACUGGCUGCUGCUGCUGCUGCUCAGUAUCACCGCCCGGUCGGUCAUUUCGGGUCCCCCCCGAAUGGUCACUUUGACAAUCCAUUCUUGUCUAGACAGCAUCAGCAACAGCAUCAACAUCAACAGCACCACCACCAGCAGCUUCAUAGGAUUGGGGCUCAAAUGCAUCAUAACCCUGUUGCUGGUUAUGUGGAAGAUAUGGAAUCGGCCAAUGCGUCGGGAGGGAGAAAGGUUCUUACUUUGUUUCCAACUGGAGAUGAUUGA